AGGAUUUGUGCGGCAGAGGGAAAAUUUUGGGCUUGAGUGGAGAUUCUGAAAAGUUAUGGUGCAUUUUUGAAAUUUGAAGGGGCAGUGAAAGAGGAUUUGGUGUUUUUGAGGGAUUUGAGGGUAUUUUGGACAUUUUAGGGGGUUUUGGGUCAGAUUUUAGGUUUGAGAAGCUUACUUUUGUAGGAUAAUUUCAUAUGUCUGGUAAGGAUAAUAUAAAAGUUGCAGUAAGAGUGCGUCCUUUGAAUUCAAAAGAGAAUGGGUCGCAAGAAUGUGUACAAAUUUUGAAUAAUGAAAUUAUACUGGAAUCAGAACUCGACACUAAAAAGAAGCCUCUGAACUCAAAAAUUUCCCCAAAGACCCUCAGGUUCGAUUAUGUAGCAGAUCAUAGACAAUCGCAGAAAGAAAUCUUUAAUCAAGUCGCGAAAGAAAUAGUGGAAAAUUGACUUGAAGGCUAUAAUGGAACUAUUUUUGCUUAUGGCCAGACUGGUUCUGGCAAGACCUUUACCAUCCAAGGGCUUACCGAUGAAGAAGACAUGCAGAGCGAGAACAGAGGGAUCAUGCCUCGAUCUUUCGAGUAUAUCUUCUAUAAUCUAAAUCGCCUUGAGAAAGAAGGCGAUUUUGAAUAUUUAGUUAAAUGCUCUUACCUAGAGAUCUAUAAUGAAAACAUACAAGAUCUACUUGACCCUUCGACACAAGUUCUCAAGCUAAGGGAGGAUAUCCAGAAAGGAGUCUAUGUAGUUGGAGCUAUUGAAGAAAAUGUCAGAUCUACAGCCCAAAUGAACGAAAUCAUUAAAAAGGGAACCCUCAAUAGGCACAUAAGUUGAACUGAAAUGAACAAGGAUUCUUCCCGUUCACAUGCUGUGAUGACUUUGAAAAUAGAGACCAAAAAGCUACAGGAAGGUGUUUCUAAGAUCACUACAUCCUCUUUCCAUAUUAUUGAUCUUGCAGGUAGUGAGAGAGCGAAAAGAACAGGAGCUGGCGGUAUCAUUUUGAAAGAAGCGGGAAGUAUUAAUAAGAGUUUAUCAAUCCUUGGAAACGUAAUCAACUGCCUGGUCGAAAUAGAUCAGGGCAAAAAGCGGUUUGUUCAUUACAGAGACUCCAAGCUUACAUAUUUACUCAAGAACUCGCUUGGAGGAAAUGCAAAGACACUGAUGAUUGCUAAUAUCUCACCAGCUUCUUGCUCAUAUUUUGAGACGAAUUCUACUUUGAAGUUUGCCCAAAGAGCUAAGAUGAUCAAGAACGAUGCGGUUAUUAAUGAAGAUUCUUCCGCAAAUGUAGCCCAACUUAAGAACGAAAUAAGGAAACUCAAGGUCAAAAUCCAUGAUCUUGAGUUAGAAAAAGCCUCUUGGCAAUGCGAUUUGGGUGAAGAAGAGCCUAAAUAUAGAAGCCCAGGAACAAAGAAUAGGGUCAGCGAAGCUUUGUCAGAGAAGAAAGCAUUAAAUCAGCACCUGGGAAAUCAACCAAGGAUGCAAUUUCAAACCUUCUCUCCUUCUAUGGUCUCUGAGCUUGGCCCUGAAGAAGCCACUGGAGAUGCAAAACUUGUGAGAAGAGUAAAGAAAUUACAAAAUUUAGUCAAGCUACAUCUCGAACAAUCUAUCCAAAAGGAUAAAUUAUACGAGCAGGAGAUAGAUAAGAAGGAUGUGCACAUUUCGAAGCUUGAGACUACGAUUGAGGAAUACGAUAAGAUCUCUAAGAAAGACCAGAUGCUGAUAUCCUCUCGUGACAAGACGAUUGCCCAGCUCAAAAACAGCUCAGGGAUCAACCUCGAAGACUUCAGAAAUCAUCAGAUUGAUCUUCUGAAAGAAGAAAAGGAGCUCCUAGAGUAUAAAAUCUCUAAUAAUCCUGAGCUCGAAGGUUUCAAAUCCAAAUGUUCCAAACUCAAGAAUCAAAUUGAGGAGAUGAAAGGAGACUGAGAAAUUGAAGGAUAUACGCUCAAGGAAGUUCUUUCAGCUAUUGUAAAUCUUAACAAAAUGACUCAAGAAUACUUAACAGAGUUCUGAGAACCAGAAGCAGAGAAUCAGAUUCACACCAGUGCUAGCAAGAGGAUUUCAGACGUCUCCUUCUUUCCCAUCGAGGACAAGAAUCAGCUUGAGGAAGAACUCAAAGGUGCUAAUGAAGAAAUAGAGGAGCUUAAGUCUCAUAUAAAAGAAUGCACUUCAAUUAUUAGUUCAAAGAACUCGGAAAUUAAGGACAAAAUAUUCCAAAUAUCAAUGUUGGAGAGCUCCAAGCAAGCUCUUGAUGAGCAAUUCGUCUCAUAUAAGAGAGAAAUGCUUAGCAAAAGAAAAUCUACAGAACAAGAGCGGGAAAAGAUAAAUCUGGACUUAAUCGAAGCCCAAGGUCGUGAGAGGACUCUUGAACAAGAAAUUGAGAACCUCAAAGGCACGACUUCUUACUUCAAGGAACUUCUUGAGUCAAAAGAGCAGCAGUAUAACGAGCUAGGUCAAAGAUUAAAUGUGACUAAAAACUGAUUUGAUCAUCUAAAGGAGAAAUACUGCCAGGAUAUCAAAACUAUUCAGAAUGAGUGUCAGCAUAUGGCGCUUCAGAAGGACGAAAUAGAGCAUGAGAAUUGCAAACUCAAGCAUUUCAUUCAAGACGUUGAAGAAGAAAAUCGGAAAUUAUCGGAACUGAGUGAAGAGCUCAAGAACGAAAUUUCAGAUGAGAGUUCCAAAAAUAGUGAACUAAAGAUUAACAACGAGACUCUACAAGAAAGCUAUGAUUUUGCGAACAGCGAGCUUGAACAACUUCAAGAAAAACUAGAGAAGCAGGCAGAAGAAAUUAAUAACAAGCAGAGCAAGAUUGACGAAAUUGAUGAGCAGCUUGAGUCCUUGCAGCAAAGUUUAGUAGAGAAAUCUGACUUCCAGACAGAGUAUUACAAAUGCAAAGAUCAACUUAAGACAGUGUCUUAUAAUCUUAAUCUAAAGACAAAUGAGUUAGGAGCUUUAGGUUGUCAAUAUGAAAAUGCUAAGAAGACUAUUGAAAAUCAGCGUGAGAAAAUUCAUGACCUUGACUCUCAAAACAACUCCCUCAAGGAUACAAAUUCGAAAUUAGAAGAAGAUAUUACUAAUCUUACAGACAAAAUCCUCGAGUAUGAAAGCACCUUAAAAGAUGCUCAGCAGAUGGCAGAAACUUUUAAUAGAAGGGCCGAGAGGCUCUCCAAAGCCCUCGACAAAGAGAAGAAUGCUCACAAUAAUCUUCAGUCCCUCCAUGACACUGAGAUGAAAAAGAAAGAGGAGAUUCUAGCAUCAACUGCCAAGAAAUGCCAGACUCUAGAGCAAAGAUGUAGAGAUGUAGAUAUAGACUGAGUCGAGAAGCUCAGGGACCAGAUAUACUCUAUGGAAAGAAGACACAAGCAGAUAUCAGAAGAAAAUGAAAAAUUCAAGGAGAUCAUAGACCACAACCAGGCUGCCAUCUAUGAACUCGAAGGGAAAGAAUUUGAACUUCAAAAACUACUGGAUCAAAAGGAGUCAGAACUUCAGAGAAUGCUGGAAGAAGUCAAGUAUGCGAGUGAACAAAAAGAAAUUAUGAAGGAAAAGGUUGACUCUCUCGAAUCCCAGAACAAUAAUCUCCUAAGUCACAAUAACAAAAACCAGAAGAUGAAAUAUAUUACUAAGCUGAAAGAAGACCAUAAUAAUGCUAUUGAUCUGAGCGAGAAAUACAAGAAAGAACUUGUAGCUGUAAAAUCGAAGAAUAAGAAGUUGGCUGCCAAAGAAAGCUCCUCUGAAUCAAAGCUCAGAAAGAUAAAGUCUAUUGCCAAUCAGCUCGAGCAGGAUUCUUCUCUAUCAUUAAAAGAUGCUGUAUGCUUGCUUCUACAAGCUCUGAAUUCAGGCCCUGUGUUGGAAGAUGUGACUAAUAAGUCCUAUAUCCAUCAAUCAAGCUCAAAGAAAUCUCAUUCAAAAUCGUUUAGCUCACAAAAAGGAUUUAGUAAGGAAGAGUCACCAUUUUUGAAAAGGUCCCAUACUCAGAAUGAGAAUCUAGAGCCAUUCAAGCGCAACAAAACCUUAUCCAAAGAGACUAAUUAAGCGUGCUUAAUAAAUUCUCUAAAUUUGUGUAAGAUUUACUCC